AUGUCUCAGGAACAGACUAGUCUCAUGGCUUCCAACUCCCAGCAGACAAAACAAUCACAAACUCCACAACCCCAAGCAAACAUGACCCCCGAGCAAGAGCACAACACUCGCGUCAUGGCUUGCGACAUUCAACGCUUCUACGACUUUGUCCGACGAUACAAACGUGUCUCCCGAAGAUGGUUCACCCACUACGAGAUCAACCUCGCUAGAUUUCUCGAGCCUCAUUGCACCUUGUUCGAGAAUGAACGAAAGUGGCCUGAAACCUGGUUAGAGAACGAGCAUGAUCUCAUCAAUGACUUGAAGGUUUUCCGACCCAAGGCAAAGCAGCUCUUACAGCAGUGGACACGAGCUGUAGCUGUCCAGAUUCUCGGUGUCCAAAACACUGCCCUCAGCAAAAUCUUCACACCUGAGGACGUUGCUCUCGCGGCCAAACUUGAGCCUACCCCCUCGCUGGGCCACAAGGUUGGCCCCCUGGAUUGGACGCAGCGAGAACGCGACUUUGAUCGGAGUCUGUCCAAAUUCCGAUUUCUAGCAAAUGAUAUGUUGCAGGAAUUAAAAGGUGGACCAACCUUGGAGAGGCCUGGUCAUCCCUGGACGAGAAUGAAGGGAUUUGAUGUUUUGAACUUUAUGAUUAAGGAUGCAGAAGAGCCUCAGUAUGAGAAUGAGGAGGAAGAUAUGUGGGAUGAUGAAAUUGUACCAUUUUAUGGGUUUUACUAG